GAUUGUAUUGGUGCAAUUGAUGGAACACAUAUACGCGUUAAAGUUUCACAAUGUGAAGCACUCAGAUACCGUGGAAGAAAAGAUUAUCCAACACAAAAUGUAUUGGCUGCAUGCACAUUUGAUUUAAAAUUCACAUAUGUGUUAGCUAGUUGGGAAGGGACGGCAUCUGAUUCAAGAAUCAUGAAAGAAGCGUUAAAUAGACAAGAUCCGCUAAAACUUCCAGAAGGAGCUUUUGGAGUUCUUAAAAAGAGAUUUCCUAUAAUUUCUAGUUCAACUGAACCGUCAUAUAGUGUUGAAACCAAAAAGCUUAUUAUUUUUGCAUGUUGUAUUUUGCACAACUACUUAAGAGGUGCAUAUCCAAAUGAUGAGUUACUUGCACAAGUUGAUGCAGAGCUUGUGAAUGAUAAUGAUGCGCAUGACGAACCACCAAAUCCUUGGCAAAGUAAUGAGGAGUUUAGAAGGGGGGAGUUGAUUAGAGAUGGCAUAGCAGCUAACAUGUGGGCUAAUUAUCAAGUUUAA